AUGCUCAUGCUCCUUGUUUGUUCCUCUGCCAGCAGCAGGGCUUCGGCGUUCGUGCCGCGCUCCUCGCAGGUGGCGCGCGCGCCCGCCUGGGCCGUGGAAUCCGAGGGCGGCCCGGUGCUCGGCGCCCCGAGCCAGGCACUCGCCCAAUCCCCCGCGGUGACCACGGCGAUGCUGCGCAACCUCCCGUGCGACUUCACGCGCAGCGACCUGCUCGAUAUUCUGGACCGCGAGGGGUUCGCGGGGGCUGAUGGAUACGAUUUCGUAUACGUUCCGAUCGACUUCAAGAGAAAGUUGUGCAAGGGCUAUUCUUUUGUUAACAUGGUUGCCGCGGAGCAUCUUCAGCGGUUGGUCAAGGUCUUCAACGGCUACAACGGGUGGUCGGGCUCCUCCACGAAGGUUUGCCAGGCGAGCAUGUCGCACACGCAGGGUUUGACGGCGAACAUCGAGCGCUAUCGGAAUAGCCCUGUGCUGUGUGAUGCAGUCCCCGACAUCUUCAAGCCAGCACUCUUCAUGGGCAAGCGGCAGGUCCCAUUCCCUGAGCCCACUAGGAAGUUUUCGCAGGUGAUCCAGCAUUUUUGA